AUGUGCUGCGUCAUCAGGAAGAAGACGGCCCCGAACGAGAUAUGCUGGCUCAACAAAGUCCUGAGACGACUCGUUAAGAAGGUAUCCCGCGAGCAUCGGGUCGAUUCAGGUGGAACAGAGACCACACACCUGACAGUUGACAGAGACGGGCAAGUCCGUGAUCACCUGGGCCAAGCAGUGCCGUGCUACGAUAACGCGAGCUCGGUUUGCCACAGGUACUCGAGAGCAGUGUCAAGCGGUAAACUGAUGAGCUGCUUAUACUUCCACUCUGAAUCUUCGAAAGGGAAGAACGAAGACGUCCGUUAUACAGGAUCACCACCCCUGAUCGGAGCACCACUGAGUGCCGUGCUGGACGGCUUACCGGAAACACGUAGCGGAUCGGCGGCAAGAGGCGCGGCUGCUGUAGACCGCACGGCUUCCGUUGAUGACCUGGAUUUGCAGCGGUGCACACCCCCAAAGCCGAAACGUGAAUCCAGCAACAUCUCAAGACAAACGACUGCUUCCAGUGCUUGUUGA